CUAUACGCGACGCGGUGCACUCUAGCUUUGACAUGAUGAUCAGUAAGCAACUUAUAGCCGCGCAUCUUCCCUUGGACCAGCCAUGGACGCUUGCAGCGAUAGGCCUCUCUGCCGCCUUCCUCGCCUUCAUCUGCGUGUCUUUCCUCCUCACGCCCAGGUCAAGAAAGGACACCCCCCCCGUCAUCGGCAAUGCCUGGCCGCUUUUCGGGCAUUUUUUCCUCUUCUUGAAGUCUCCCAUCAACCUGAUCAAAUCCUCCUACCAGACGUACGGGAGCGUCUUCACCGUGAACCUCUUCACCCAACGCAUGACCUUUUUGAUCGGCCCGGAGGCGGCCGCGGCAUUUUUCAAGGCGAGCGACAAGGAGCUGGGGCAGGACGAGGUGUACGGGUUCAUGAAAGCCGUCUUUGGGGAGGGCGUGGUGUACGACUCGGACCCCAAGAAACGGAAUUUGCAAAUGCAACGGACGGCGAACGCCUUGAAAUCGGGCCGGCUUCGGACGUACGUGGAAAAAAUUUCGGAGGAAACGGAGGCAUUCUUUAAGGGGUGGGGGGAGGCGGGGGAGGUGGAUAUCUGUGAGGCGCUCAGCGAUUUGAUCAUUUUGACCGCUUCCCGGUGUUUGCACGGGGACGACGUCCGCCAGGAGCUCUUCGCGGAGGUCUCCAAGCUUUACAAUGACCUGGACCAGGGGAUCACGCCCGUCUCGGUGUUGUUCCCGAACUUGCCGAUCCCGUCGCAUUGGAAACGGGACGCGGCUCGGAAAGAGAUGGUCAAGCUCUUCUCCAAGGUGAUCCAACGCCGGCGGGCGGCAGGGGCGGCGGAGGCAGAGGCCCGCACGGACAUCCUCCAGGUGUUUAUGGACAUCGAAUACAAGGACGGGAGCAAGAUCACCGACGACGAGGUGACGGGCUUGCUGAUUGCCUUGCUCUUUGCCGGGCAGCACACCUCCUCCAUCACGUCUUCCUGGACGGCCUUGUACCUGGCGCAAAAUAAGGGCUUGCAAGACCGAGUCUAUGCGGAGCAAGUCGCCAUCCGGGGGCAGGACACGGGGUCCGAGGCAGCGCUGAGGGCCUUGGAUUUCGACGCGAGGCUUUGCGGAUGCACCCGCCCUUGA